GUUCCAUUUUAGACUUUGUCUCGACGCUUCUCUCAAAAAGCAGUAGAUUUGGAUUCUCUUCUCCAGCCAAAUCCAUCUGUCUCCUCUCCUCUCCUCUUCGUAGUAUUCUUCUCCUUCAUAUCGUAUCAGUAGCUCGCUGCUUAUCAAACGCGGCAGCCGAUUGACUUCCGGUCCAUUUGCCAGCAAGCAGAGUUCAACAGCCCAGAGCCAAGCAAAAUAGAGAAUCUGCGCACUAGUACUAAAUUGCUCCUCAAUUCUUCUCCAGUUGGUUUAUUUAUCUUCAAUUUACGCCACAAGUGCAAGUUCUGGUGGCGUGUGUGCGGAAAGAAAGUUGGGAUUAAAACUGUAUACAAACACAGAGAAAGAAAAACGCUAAGUGGUUUUGUUGCUCUUUUCUUUUCACUCUCUGGCUAAAUAAAUAGAGCCAUUUGGCCCGUCGGCGGAAGGAGGCGUCGUUUGAUGUGGGUGUGCAAAAUCUGGAUAGCAAAAUCCCCACCGUUUUUAACAGCCGAUGUAACAAUAUCGGUAGCUUUCUUUUAUGACUUGUUGUUACACGAGGACAGCUCGGCUACGGGUGUGAAGAAUCGUAAAAAGAAGAUAAUCUCUGUAAAUUGUUGUGUUUAGGGCAGGGGUGCACAUUUAAAUUUCAUGAAACGCCCGUGCGAUCGUAGUUUAUAGAAAAGAAUAGUAAAACCUUCUCUGACUAUUUAUUAAAGUGAAACUUGCGAGAUUUUUUGGAUAAACUGUUACCAAAAUGUGGAUCUUAUACAAAGUAGUAGUCAUUUCGGUGUGUUUAUUCAUGCCGAAAGUGGAGGCCAGAGUUCCUGCGGCGGUGAGAGUUGGGUCCGUCUUCCUCGAAAGAGAGCAAGAAGUUCAUGAAUCCUUCCGUGUGGGAAUCGAAACGCUACGAAAUAGGCAACUCUUGAACCAAACGGAGAUCCAGUUUGACAUACAAUAUGCAAAUCGGCACGACUAUUUUCAUCUUUACACCAGGGCAUGUCUCGAAGUUGGAUACGGCAUCGUGACCUUUUUCGGUCCGAGUGACCCCGGCCUGGACAAACAGCUCGAGUCGAUCAGCACCGCGUUGGGAAUUCCCCUCAUAUCCACGGCCCCACGAACCCUCUCAAUCUCACCCGGACGAGGGGGAGGCUUCCCUUCGGCAUUUUCCGCGGAAAAUUUAGUCGCCAGGGCGGAAUUGACGUUGGCACUUUUCCCAACACAGACACAUCUCAUCAGUUUGGUGAAGGAUUUAGGGAAGGAACUUCACUGGAAGGACGUGUCCAUUAUUCACGAUCCAGUCCAUGGAAUAAUUGACCCCUCCGUGCUGGCCGAAUCUCUGCAAAUUCUCGGAUCAGUGAGUGUCCAUCAAGUGUCGACCGACUUGCGCGCAACUCUGGUCCAGCUAAGGUUGAAAGGGGCUCGAAACAUUAUCAUCGACACGGGUGUGACGCAAUUGGAGCGCGUCAUCCAGGCCGCGUUGGACACCGGGAUGAUGACGAAGAGUUACAAUUACCUGUUUACCAUGUUGGACAUGAAAGCCGGCAACUGGUCACGGUUGGCGUACUCUGAAGCUCUAAUCUUGGGACUGAAUAUGAUCGACCAUGCAAAAUUUCAAGACUUCCAGGAUAGAUUUGGUCCAUCAGUUUCGGGGAUGAACAAAUCUCUCCCACAAACCACAAAGGUUGCCUUAUCGCUGGACGCGGUGGAACUCUUGGCUCGAGGUCUGGAAGAGUUUGACAACUCUGGGACAGACUUGUCCACGCCGUCCUCCACAUCUUGCACAGAAAACAGAAAGUGGGACGUUGGAGAAGAGCUGAGAGAUGUCUUGUCAACUGUCUCCUUCGACGGCAUGAGCGGCCCGAUCAGCUUCGCGAACGGGGCGAGGUCACGAGUUCACGUCAACAUUCUCAAGUUGGGAUUUGUCUUGGACGAGGCAGGAAUCAAUUUUUCGCCAAACUUCCUCCCCGUAGGAAACUGGUCGGAAGGAAUUAGCUAUGAAAUGGACGGACUCCGAAUGGGGGACAAGAUUCACUUGACGAAUGAAAAGCCAGCAAUUAACAAGACGCUCAUCAUCACAACGACUGAUAGUUCUGGAUCCUGCUUCACUCGUGGCGAGACGGGACAAGACGAAGGCUUCUGUGUCGAUUUGGCUCACCACUUAGCAAAAUUGGUCGGAUUUCAUUUUAAAUUUAAACUUGUGUCGGAUGGACGGUAUGGACGCCCAGGUCCGCUAAAUGGCCAGUGGGACGGGAUGGUGGGCGAGAUUGUGAGAGGGGAGGCUGACAUCGCACUAGCCGACCUCACCGUGACCUCAGCUCGACAAUCCGUAGUUGACUUUACAACGCCCUUCAUGCACACUUCAUUAGCAGCUUUAUACAAGGUGAAGCAGGACACUUUGGACGGCGUUUCCACCCUCCUGAGCCCAUUCAGUAUCUGGGUCUGGGUAAGCAUCGUGCUCGCCUUCUUCAUCACGUCCAUCUGCCUUCGACUGGUCGCGUGGAUGUCGCCAUAUCAAAAAGACGACAUAAUUCUUCCCGGCUCGGACGGAUCUCCUUCGCUGGGUCAUGACCUCUCUUGGAUCAAUUCAAUGUGGGUUCUCUCCUCCACCCUCGUGCUGAGAGGGUGCGACAUCCGACUUCAAGCCGCUUCGUCCCGCACAAUCGCCGUGGUUUGGUGGCUAUUCUCCCUUGUCGUCAUCAUCAUCUAUGCCUCCCUCGUUUCCCACUGGUUCGAUGCUCGUUCUUCGCCCUCAUCCUCGCCUCAAAGUGUGUCUGACCUCUUGGCCGAUCCACUCUUCGAGUUUGGCGUCAUCCAGUCCGGAUCCACGAACCAGUUUCUGCAAAAUGCGAAAAGAGAAGACCUGCAAAAGAUUUGGUGGAGGGUGCAAAAGGGGAGCGAGGCCAGAUCCCUGGUGGCAACAGCGUUUGACGGAAUACAGGAAGUGAAGCGAUCAGGAGGAUUUGGAGGUGGGGCAAAAUAUGCUUUUGUGACGGAGGAGAUCAAUCUGAAUCAGGCGUUGGUGGAGGAUUGCGGUCUCGGGGUGAUUAAAGGGAUUGAUGACAGGUCGUUCGCCAUGGCGGUGGGGAAAGGUUCGCCCCUUCGGGAAAAAUUGUCGCAAGGAAUCCUCUCGCUCGGAGAGAGCGGAGUUUUACGUCAACUUGAGGACAAAUGGUGGCCGAAACGCUACUGCAGCAGGGACGGUGGUGUCAGUGACGGUGGAAAUCAGACACAAGUUAAACUGGUCCACUUUAUUGGACCCCUGUCUGUUUUGGUGAUUGGGAUCAUUUUCGCGAUUUUUAUUGCGAUGAUUGAACGCAUGUUUUAUCAUAGAAGAAGUCAUAGAGGAUUUUUUAGGACUGCAACAGAAUCAGGAAAUGGGAAAAUCCCAAUGAAUGGAUCCAAUUGCGAUGCGGAAUCGGAAAACUAAAUUGAUUGCACAUUUGCGUCUGGAAUUUUAAAUAAUUUCACUAUUAAAUAAUCUCAAGAUAAGCCAGUUUAUCCAUCAGGACUGAUUUAAAGGAAAUAAGAGCUUUAAUGUAUGUACAUAAUACGAAAUAAUUUAUUAAUAACUUUAUCCAUAAAAUUGCAUCGUAUUCAUCUCUUUUUAUAACUUUUAAUAUACAUAUGUUAGAAGUAUAUCACGUCAUAUAUUAUUCCUAGUUAUAUAAAUAUUGGUAAUAAUUUAUAUUUACGUUUAGAUGCCAUACAUACACAAG